CUCAUCCCUGACAUCUGAUUGGUCCAGACGUUCCGAGUGUUUCCGCUGCCUUUGAGCCGACAGUACAGCGGAAAAUCGCUCUCUGUGAGGGAUGUGUGUGUGAUGUUUUGCGGAGUUAGUCCGUGAACACCAUUGGGUUCAGACCACAGAUUGUCCUAAAAACUGAACUGCACCUUGAAAGGCUCGGUCCAUGAGCCCAGAGAUCGGGAGCGAAAGAGGUUCACCAUGUCUGAGCUUUUUAUGGAGUGCGUGGAGGAGGACCUGGAGCCGUGGCAGAAACCAGCACCUCAGGUUCACCUGAUUGAGGAUGAUGACGACGAACCCAUCUUUGUUGGAGUGCUCUCCAAUAAUCAAAAAGAUGAUAAAACUAAACCAGCACCUCGUCGGAAGGACAGUGUUGUGACGCAGAAAACAAAACUAGCCCCUCCUCAGUCCGUCGAUGUCCCCUCACCGGUAGUUCUGCCUCUGAGUGUUCCUGUGCCCACAGCGAAACCUGCACCACCCACACUGACAACAAUGACCCCGCAGCCUGUCAUUGUUAAUAAUCAGGGUUUUAUUGUCACUUCUCCACAAUUAACAAACAGCAAUGAUCUUAUUGCCGCCCUUGGGGCUCAGUAUCCCCCUGGAACAUCUUUUACAAUUGUACCAGCCCCUCAUUCGCAAAUUUUCCAGCAAGCGUCUUCGCCGUCUGUGAUACCAGGCGGGGUCCACAGGCCUCAGGUCCAACAGAUCAAGAAUAACGUGGUGACUUUAUCUAAUGUCCAGAGCCCUGCGAUGUAUUCAGCAAAACCCGGUCAGCAGCCGCAGCUCAAACGGCCCAUCUCACAAUCUGUUCCGGGUGUUUCUAUGAGCCCUGCUGCGCCUGUGAAGGACAAUAACAUCGUCAACAAAAAUCAAAUUACAGUCAAGCGGGCAUUGACGUCACAGGAAGUAGAUAGUGUAGUCAAAAAAACAAAGCUUGAUUUCACACCGGCAAAAGUAACCAUCCGGAUGGAAAAUGGCAUCGCAAAGAAAAACUGUCCCAAUUGUCGAGAAGAAUUUCUGUCAGAGGAAUCCCUCAAGUUUCAUAUAAUGUGCUGCCGUGGAAUUGUGGCAAGUCAGCCUCCGUCUGCUCCGAGCACGGGUCCACACAAGAUCAUCAUGCUGGUCUCAGAUUUCUACUACGGCCGCUUCGAGGGAGAUCCGAUAAAAAUGGCGGCGCAAAAAACCAACACAACGUUCAAAUGCCAAAGCUGUUUGAAAGUUCUCAAAAAUAACAUCAGGUUCAUGAACCACAUGAAACACCACCUGGAGCUGGAAAAGCAGAACAGCGAGAGCUGGGAGAGCCACACGACCUGCCACCACUGCUACCGACAGUACAUGACUCCGUUCCAGCUGCAGUGCCACAUCGAGAGUGCUCACAGCCCCAUUGAAUCUCCAACUAAUUGUAAGAUAUGCGAGCUGGCGUUUGAGUCAGAGCAGCUUCUGCUGGAACACAUGAAGACCACCCACAAACCUGGUGAAAUGCCUUAUGUCUGCCAGGUGUGCAAUUUCAGGUCGUCUUUCUUCUCAGAAGUGGAAACGCAUUUCCGAAGAGUCCACGAAAACACAAAAGACAUGCUCUGUCCCUUCUGUCUGAAAGUUGUUCGAUCCUGUCAUUCAUACAUGCAGCACUACAUGAAACAUCAGAAAAAAGGGAUCCAUCGAUGUGGCAGAUGCAGACUGAAUUUCCUGACCUACAAGGAGAAAAUUGACCACAGGACUCACCUUCACAAGACUUUCAGGAAACCUAAAGCUCUGGAGGGUCUUCCUCCGGGUACAAAGGUGACGAUCAGAGCCUCCUUCUCAGGAAAGGGACCUUCCGCCAUGAUGUCCCCCGAUCUGUCUGGUAUAACCAUCAGGGCAGAACCACCAAGUUCACCCUCGCUCAAAGCUUCGGCCAACUUGUCCAAAGCUAAAUCAAUCUUUGGACCGAAAAACAAGAACAAAACGGAUCCGAGCAAAAAGCAGCAGCAGCGUCGACUCUCCAGAAACAACCUGGCGCUCAGGAACCUCUGCAUCGACAGGGACCUCCACACGUGCAUCGAGUGCAACACUGUGGUCGACCACUUCUUCUCACAUUUUCCAAUGCUCACACACUGCGGAGCGUGCAGCUACCAGACCAGCUGCAAAGCUUCUAUUGGGAAUCACAUGAUAAAAUUUCAUAGUAACAUCAGCAAACAGAGAUUUUUGAGAAUGGACCAGCAGAAAAAAUCACCGGGAGCAAAACUGACUCUCAUCUGUCUCAACUGUGACCUCCUGGUUGACGCCUCUGGUGGUGAUCUGAUGACUAAACAUUUAACGGAUAAACCAGAUCACGUCUGCCAAGUGGUUCAGGAAAUGGCAGAUGUGAAAGCUCAAGACAAAGAUCAAAACAAAUUGCACAUGCAGCUUCAACAACCAGGAAGUAGCCAGCUCCUAGGAACAGAACCUGAUGAGAAACAGACAGACACUGACUUGAAAUCAGCUCAGAGUGUAGCAGCUGGUGAUGCUGGACAGCUGGAGUCUGAGGGUUCAGCAGAAAUGGACGCUUCUAAGAGGAAGUCUGAGGAAGAGUUGAUGCAGCCGCCUGCCGCUUUGGCUUCUCCUUCACCAGGUUUAGGUUUAAAACUCGCUGAAGAAUCUGAGGGUGGCUCAGGAACCUAGCAUGUGGACAGUCAGCUGCCUGUCUCAGACGUUCUGUCAGAUCAAGCAGCUGGAGAAACAAAAACACUGUAAAUGUUACAAACCAUGGACUUCAGUGCAUCUUAUUGUGUUAAAGAUCUGCGCAUCAUUUCAAUUUUACUUUACAAACAUCAAAUUCUUAUGCUUGGCUCUGUUUUAGCAACUUCUCCACAUUGCCUACUUGUGUUCAAAACAUCUCUAAUUGAAAAUACUUCACUGAAAUUCUUUUCUGGGGAGAAAGUGCAUAACCAACCUCUAGACAUCAGUCUUUUGUGAAACUUGGUGUUUAAAAUUUUUUUGUAUUUUUCAGAUAUUGGUAUCUGUAAAGUUGGCAGCACCUUAAGUGGCAAACAUCUUUUUUCCUCCUGUCUUUGAAGUAUUAUUUUAAAUUGCUACACAAACUUUUUCUCCCUUGAAAGAAGUUUAAAAAAAAAAACAAUUCAAGUUGUUCAGGUUAACUGUCCUGAAAAAAUAAAACAAACAAACAAACAUCUUUUCAGAAAUUAUGUUAAUUAUUUUUGUACUGUUUAAGCAGAUUUUUUGGCCCAUUAGGAAUCAAGGAUAAUUUGCGUUUAAGCUGUUCUAGAGUAGGUUUUAAGGGGAACACCAGCUUUUAUUUUCUGUUCAUUUGUAGUUUGCUUUUACUUUAUCACCUGUGCUUAUUUGAAUGUGAUUUUAAAUCUGCUCUCCUUUUUUAUACAGAGUCUGCUGUGCCAAUACUAAUAAUGAAGACCUGUUUAAAUUAUCUGCAAAUAAUGACGCACAAUAUUGUUCAAUGACUCUUGUAUCACCUGCCUGUUCUCAACAUCCUGAAGUGGUUUGUCUUCACUCAAAUAAUUUAUUACUAUUAAGCAAAAACAUGUAACUGAAAUAAUGUUUUUUUAUUUUAUUUUUUUUUUUUUUUGGUUACAUUUUGAUUGUUUAUAGGAAACUGGUUCCAGUUAAACUUGGUGAAUUGUGUGUCUUGAUAAGAACAGUAGCGAAAUAUGAAAAUAACCACAAAUAUUGUAGACAUAAAACAAAAGUUUUACAGCACUGCACCCAAGUACAUUUACUGUCUUAACUAUGUUGAAAGUUUGUGCUUGUAAAAGGAAUGUAUACGUUGUAUGUUUGAAGCAAAUGCUCUACUUUUCCAUAUACUCCCAAAUACUGGUUAAACAAUUUAUUUCUUUGUGUAAUUACUCUGAAAAUAGGCCGAGUUUCUGUAAAACUGAGAACACAUAGUUUUUUUUGCUGUUUUUAUGGGUUACUGUCUCAAAAGUCACACGACUGUUAAAAUGUUUUGUUUUUUAUAUAUAUAUAUAUAUAUCAUGUAUGUCUACAGUAGAGGAAGUUUGUAAAUACUUUAGUUAGUAUAUAAAUGUCCUUAUUACAUUCCUGUGUUCUCCCUUUGACAUAUCCAGACUUUUUUUUUUUCUUGUGUAAGUAAAUCUUGAAUAAAAGACACAUUUUGUGAGUUUAUGUUACUGUUAAACAUA